AUGAAGCUGGUCAAUGAACCACUCAUGUACCACGUCAACCUGAUCACCACGGCCGAGCAGAAGAACUUUUUCGAUUUAUUGCACUUCUCGCCGCUUAAGAUACACAUCAGUUUUUCGAUGACUGGCAGUGGAGGUGGACCCUCUGCAAUGCCACAAGUACUUAACGUGUUGUUGCAAGGAAUCGGCGUGACACUGACGGAUAUUAACGACAUCGUGUUCAAAUUGGCAUAUUUCGAGAGGAACUAUGUGUUCAUGACAAACAAGCAGCUCAUCUCCGAGGCAACCACUCAUUAUGCAGGCCAAGCGAUCAAGCAGGCCUAUGUGCUCGUGCUAGGACUUGAUGUUAUCGGUAAUCCAUACGGGCUUGUGGUCGGGACUAUGAAGGGCAUCGAGGAUUUGUUCUACGAACCCUUCCAAGGGGCCAUACAGGGCCCGGGAGAGUUCGCGGAGGGCCUGUUUCUCGGGGUGCGCAGCAUGUUGGGCCACACCGUCGGCGGAAUGGCGGGCGCCGUAUCGAAAAUCACGGGAGCGAUGGGCAAAGGUAUAGCUGCUCUGACUUUCGAUAAGGAUUACCAACGAAAGAGACAAGAACAGCUCAACAAGCAACCCGCCAACUUACAAGAAGGUCUUGCUCGAAGCGGAAAGGGCUUAGUAAUGGGCGUGGUUGACGGUGUAACGGGUGUGGUAAUGAAGCCUAUAUCAGGAGCGAAGGAGGAAGGAGUAGAAGGGUUCUUUAAAGGAUUCGGAAAGGGUGUCGUUGGACUCGUCACCAGGCCUACUGCCGGUGUUAUUGACUUUGCGAGUGGUUCUUUUGGAGCUGUCAGACGAGCUACGGAACUGAAUGAGGAGGCAAGGAGAGUACGAUCGCCUAGAUUUCUGCAACCAGACAGUCUUGUUAGACCUUACAUAAAGGAUGAAGCCGAAGGCAACAAGAUAUUGAUGGAACUGGAGAAAGGAAAGUACGCACAUACGGACGUUUACGUUUAUCACAUAUUUAUUAACAAAGACGUGCUGUUGCUCACCGACAAAAGAUUAUCAUACCUCGAACAUAGUGAUCUGUUUGGUGGUUGGCGGGUUGACUGGACUCAUACUUGGAACGAGUUUGGCGAAUCGCCAAAGAUCGUAGAAAGAGGUGUGCAGAUCUUUCUUAAAGACGCCAGCAAGAAGAAGAAACUUGGUGGUUUUUUCGGCAGUGCGGAUCAGUCAAAGAUACUUUUAAUAACGGAUCAUAAUAUUAAACAGUUAUUGUGCAGUAAAAUACAGGAGCAGAUCAACCAAUAA